GGAUUUGAAAUCAGAAGGGUAAAUCUUUCACCAUGAGUGUUUGUUUAUCGGAUGGAGGCAUGUCGGUGAAGGAUAUUCAUCAGUUUGAGAAGGGCCGAAUCAAGGCCCUUCAGGAUGAGAGAGUCUACAUCCAAAAGAAGACUUUUACAAAAUGGGCAAAUGCCUUUCUGGAGAAGGCCAGAUUAGAAAUAAAAGACUUGUUCACAGACUUGGCAGAUGGAAAAAUACUAAUGAAAUUAUUAGAAAUUAUUUCUGGUGAAACAAUAGGAAAACCCAACAAGGGGAUGAUGAGGGUACAGAAAGUUGAAAAUGUCAGCAGAUGUCUUAAAUUUCUUAUAACUAAGGUGUAUUUUGAAAAUAUUGGAGCAGAAGAUAUUGUCGAUGGAAAUCCACGUCUGAUCCUUGGUUUGAUAUGGACUAUUAUUCUCAGGUUUCAAAUCCAGGAAAUUACUAUUGAAGUGGAUGAGGAGUCCACGGAAAAAAGGUCUGCUAAAGAUGCUUUGCUAUUGUGGUGCCAAAGAAAGACUGCUGGGUAUCCAGGGGUUAAUAUCACGAAUUUUACGUCAAGCUGGAGAAAUGGGCUUGGAUUCAAUGCUCUCAUACAUGCACACAGACCUGACUUGAUAGAUUAUGAUGCCUUACACCCAGAAGAACAUGUGAGCAACUUGAACAAUGCUUUUCUUACGGCAUCUAGAGAACUGGACAUCCCUAGAAUCUUGGACGCUGAAGAUGUGGAUGUUAACAAACCAGACGAGAAGAGUAUUCUUACUUAUGUAGCUUCAUACUAUCAUUAUUUCGCCAAAAUGAAGAGUGAAAUGACUGGUGGAAAGAGAAUUGCUAAGAUCUUGGGAAGUUUAAUGGACAUGGAAGCCAUGGUGGACGACUAUGAAACAUUGACUUCAUCUUUACUGGAAUGGAUCCAGUUCACAAUCAAAAGACUUCAAGAUAGAAACUUUCCUAACUCAUUAGAGGGAAUACAAAAAGAAGUUGUCAAAUUUAAAACAUACAGAACAGUGGAAAAACCACCAAAGUAUAAAGAAAAGGGUAAUAUAGAAGUACAGUUUUUCAACAUUCAAGCCAAACUGAAAGCUAAUGGACAGAAACAUUACACACCACCAGAAGGCCUAUUGGUACAUGAUAUAGAGUCAGCAUGGUUAAAACUGGAAAAAUCAGAGCAUGAACGGGAGGUAGCCAUGAGAGAUGAAAUGAUAAGGCAAGAGAGAUUGGAACAGUUGCAUCAAAGAUUUCAGAAAAAGGCUGAAAUACGAGAACAAUGGUUAUCAGACAUGUCUUUGAUAUUAGACGAGAAACUUGUCUGUAGUAAUGCUGCACAGACAGAGGCAUCCAUCAAGAAACAUGAAGCUAUCAGUGCAGAAAUACUGGCUAGGAAAGACAGAUUCAGGGCUUUAAACGGUUUAGCCAAGGAACUUGUCCAAGGGAGCUACCAUGCUAAAGAUGCUGUAAACAAAAAAGAUCAAGACAUAAUGAUGAAAUGGAAGAAGUUAUUAGACAAGUUAGAAGCUAGGAAGAAAACAUUGGACGGGUUCAGCAAUUUGAUGAACAGCUUCAGAGAGAUAGAAAGUAUUGUGGAAGAGCUCAAAGAAGCAGAGGCUAAAGUGAAAAUAGACGACAAUGGUAAACAUUUACAAGCCACAGAGGAUUAUUUACAACAGCAUGCCUUGGUGGAGGCUCAACUUCAUGGUCUUGGUAAACGUGUUCGUAACUUAAACAGACGAUCUAAAAAUAUGACAGAUUUGUCAAAUACAGAGGGAGCUGUGCUAGAUAAAAGAUUAGAAGAUUUAAAUGCAGAAUAUAAUAGAGUAAAUGAUUUAGCCAAUGAUAGAAGAAAGAAAUUAGAUGUAGCAAAGAAAUAUUACCAAUUCUUACAAGACGCUGAAGAAGAAGAGAGAUGGGUUCAGGAGAAAAUAGAUGUUUGUGGUGCUUCAACAACGGGCAAAGAUUUAAAUGCUGCUCUAGUCUUACUCAAGAAACAUGAGGGCCUUGACGGAGAUAUGAAUGGAAGAUGGCCAUGGUGUGAGAAACUUUGCAACACAGGCAAAGAACUAAUGAAUGGUGGUCAUGAGGCAAAGAAAGAAAUCAAUUCUAAAAUAAAAAAUCUAAUAGAGAAAUGGGACAGACUAAAGAAAUUAGCAGCUAUUAGAAGGACAAAGAUAGAAGAUGGAAUUGAAGCACAUCAGUACUAUGCUGAUGCUGAUGAAGCUGAGGCAUGGUUGAAAGAAAAGAUGCCCUUGGUUUGUAGUGACGACUACGGAAAGGAUGAAACUGGUUCACAGGCACUUCUGUCUCGACACAAUAGAUUGGAAGGGGAGAUAAGAAGUUUUCGCAGUGAAAUAGGUCGACUUGAUGAGUUGGCUCAGUUAAUGACCAAAGCUGCCACAGAGCAUAAUAUUUCCAUAGAGAAGUUUAUACCACAAGAGAAUGGAGAUAAAUCAGAGGAUGAAGACUCAGUGGACGAGAUGGUUGAUGUUCCCACGGAAAUAGAGGUAGAGGAAGAAGUAGAGAAGGAGGUCAUGCAAGAUGUGAUAGAAACCAGGAAGAUUCCACAAGUCAAGGUUUCCCAUGCAUAUAUAGGACAGGGAAUGAAAGUGGAGAAGGGAGAUCUACUACUCCUAAUUCAAAGGACAAAUUCAGACUGGUGGCAGAUCAGAAAAGGUGACGGAACUGAGGGAUUUGUACCUGCCAAUUAUGUCAAGGAGGUCCAACCUAAAGUGUCUCAAAAGGUCAUACGUAAACCAAUGAAAGUCAAGGAAAAGGUCAAGGUCAAGAAGACUGUAAUGAAAAAAGAAGUUCAGAAGAAAAAACCAGAGAGAGCAAGUAAAUUAAGAAGAGCUCCUUCAGUGAGAUCUAAAACUAAUCUUCAUUUCGACAAGGACAAUGUUGACAAGAGACAAAAGCAGCUUAAUCUGAACUACAAUAAACUUGUCAAAUUAUCACAGGCCAGAAGAAUAGCAUUAGAAGAUGCCAAGAGGUUAUUCAAGUUCUAUGGCGAUUGUGAAGAAUUUGAAUCCUGGAUGGUGGAAAAGGAACAAAUUCUAACGAGUAAAGAAAGCCUGUCUGACAACAUGGAUGCUAUUAGAAAGAAGUUUGAGAAUUUAUUGACAAGUUUAGCUGCCAACAAAGGAAGAUUAGAUGAUAUAAACAAACUUGCAGACGAAAUAACUCAAUCAGGAAGCGGUCAAAAAGAUAUAGUUAAAAAACGUCAAAAAGAUAUUAACGACAGGUGGAUCAGAUUGAACAAACUGAAAAUGGAAAGAGAAAAGAAUCUGGAAGGUGCUUCAAGCAUUGAGUUGUUCCAGUCAACAUGUGAUGAAUUAGCAGACUGGAUCAAGGAGAAAGAUAAUGCUAUGAACACUGAUGACUAUGGCAAAGGAUUACAGGCAACUAUUGCCUUACAAAGGAAACAUGCUAAUUUGGAAAGAGAAUUGAAUCCAGUUGGAGAAAAAAUGAACAGGAUGAAUUACCUAGCCGAUUCAGUGAGGUCAGCCUAUCCCGAUGAGAAAGGAUAUGUAGAUAAAAGACAGAAAGAAUUACAAGACAUUUGGGAUGCAUUAAAGAACAAACUGGAUGAUAGAAAGAAGAAAUUAGACGAUGUUGGUGAAUUACAUCAGUUCAAUGAUGACGCCAAAGAUCUGUUAUCAUGGUCUGGUUUAAUGAAAGCCAAGUUGGCCAAGUCAGAUAUGCCCAAGGAUGUACAGGCAGCAGAGAUAAUGCUAAAAGAACAUGCAGAGUUAUCUGAAGACAUUCAGGCACACAAACCAAAGUUUGUUGAUGUUCAGAAGUUAGGAAACAGUGUGUUGAAGAAAGAUCCUAAGAAUGAUGACGUAAAAGGUAAAUUACACAAACUACACGAGGAUGAGGCUGUUAUUGAUGACAUGUGGCAGAAGAGGAUGGACCAAUUACAGGAUGCACACGACCUACAGGUAUUCAACAGGGAUGCAGACAAUAUUGAUCUGGUUACUGGAGGUCAUGAGAAAUUUCUGGAGUUUGCAGAAGUUGGGAAAACAGUUGAUGAUGUUGAAUCUCUAAUGAAAAGACAGGAAGAUUUUGAGAAUACCUUACAAGCUCAGGACGAUAAGGUUAAAGCCAUGGAUGAGUUAGCAGACAAACUGAUUCGUGAUGGUCAUCCCGAUAAAGACCACAUUGAUAAGAGACGACAAGAGGUUCUAGAUAGAAGACAGAAGGUGAAAGACAGAGCAAAAGAGAGACGGGAUGCUCUGAAUGCAGCUCAAGGAUUCCAAGAAUUCAAGAGAGAUUCUGAUGAAUUAUCUUCUUGGAUGAAAGAGAAAUACAACACAGCAACAGAUGAGUCUUACAGAGACUUGACAAAUCUGACAGAGAAACUGAAGAAACAUCAGGCAUUUGAGGCAGAACUUAAAGCCAACAACGACCGUUUGCAAGAUAUUAAUGAGCGAGGAGAUGAAUUGGUAUCAGCUGACCAUCCAGAUAGUCCAAUAAUAAAGACUAUAGUAUCCGACCUAAAUACACAAUGGAAAGAUCUGUAUGAUAAAUCUUCUGAUAAAGGAAACAAACUGAGGCAGGCAGCAGAUCAACAGACACUGAACAGGGCACUAGCUGAUGCUCAGGAUAAAUUGGAUGAAAUGGAGAAAUCUGUGGCUAAUCCUGACCUUGGAUCUGACCUUAGAGGAGUGAAGGAGUUGUUAAAGAAGCACCAUAAUCUAGAGAAUGAUCUAGUAGGAUUGUCUGACACAAUACAGGCCAUUACAUCUCAAGGUCAAGAACUGGCCAAAUCUGGACAUUUUGACAAAGCUGGAAUUCUUAAAGCUGUUGAUGAAUUUAACGACAGAUUUAAGACUUUAAAACCAGCAGUAGAUACCAGGAAAAACAAGCUACAAGACUCGUUACAUUUCCAUCAGUUUAAGUUUGAUGCUGAUGAAGAAUUACAAUGGAUAAAAGAGCAUCUUCCUGCAGCAUCAUCCACUGAGUAUGGCAAGAGUUUGAUUGAUGCUCAGAAUCUUCACAAGAAACAUCAGAAACUUGAAUUAGAAAUAAGUGGACAUUCACCAUUCUGUGAAAAAGUGUUACAAACUGGCAAUCAGUUGAUAGAUCAAAAACAUUUUAAUUCUAAAGCUAUCAAGGACAAAUGUCAAGAAUUACAGCUAUCAUGGGACGAUUUACUGAGCAAGUCUAAAAUACGCAAGAAGAAUCUGGAUAUGUCUGUACAGGUCCAAAAGGUUUUAUCUGAAGUAGCAGAACUAGAGAACUGGAUCAAUGAUAAGAUGACUCUAGCUUCCAGUACUGACUAUGGUAAAGAUGAGGCGUCCGCUGACAAAUUACUCACAAAGAAUAAGGUGCUAGAAACCGACAUUCAGACCUAUCAGGGAAUAGUAACAGGUCUGGGAAAAGAAGCUCAGAGAUUAUUUAAAACUGGUUGUCAGGACCCAACCACACUCAGGAAAGCUCAGGAUAACCUUCAGGAUCACCUGAAUAAACUAAAGAGAUUAGCAGCAGACAGAACUCAGAACCUAGAACAAUCCAAAUGGAUGUUUGCCUUCAAGAGAGAGACCACAGACUUUGAGGAAUGGAUCAGUGAACAGAUGCAGUUGGCUGCCUCUGAGGAAUAUGGACAGGAUUAUGAACAUCUGCAGAUAUUACGGAACCGAUUUGAUGAGUUUAGGAGGACAGUAGAGGCAGGUACAGAGAGGUACAAUAGAUGUGAGAGAUUAGCUAAAUGGUUACUAGAGGAUAAUACUCCAUAUGAGGAUGUGGUGAAAGAGAGGCAGGAACAACUCAGGGAAGCUUGGAAUGAGUUGUUAGAACAAAUAGAGAACCGAGAUGUCAAGUUAUAUGGUGCUGGAGAAAUCCAUAGGUUCAACAGAGAUGUGGAAGAUGCAUUACAGAGAAUACAUGAGAAAUAUGCCAGUAUACCAGAUGAUACAGGAAAAGAUUUGGCUACCACACAGAUGUAUAUCAAGAAACAUGAAGGUUUUGAGAAUGAACUGGUGGCAUUAGAGGCUCAGUUGCAAGUUUUGAUAGAAGAUUCUACAAGAUUACAAGAGACUUACCCUGGAGAGAAUGCUCAGCAGAUAGAACAAUUACAGGCCUCUGUUGUAGAAAACUGGGGUGUGCUACAAGACAGGGCAGCUCAAAGGAAGGAUGAACUCUUGGCAGUGGCUGAUAUGCACAGAUUCUUGGCUGAUGUCAGAGAUCUUUUGAGUUGGGCUAAAGAGAUAGAGAAUGAGAUGUUAUCAGAGAAGACAGUUAGAGAUGUACAUGGUGUUGACUUAGUACGGGCACGACAUGAGGAGCUGAAGCUUGAGAUUGAUGCUCGAGAGGAUACAUUCUCCACGAUAUCACAGACAGGAGAGGCCAUGGUACAGGACGAACAUCCUAACUCAGAGGAGAUUACAGAAAAAGUCAAACAAGUAGAAGAGACAAGAGAAAGACUAAGAAAAGUAUGGGAGGACAGAAGACAACAUUAUGAACAACUUUAUGGCCUACAUACAUUCCUUAGAGAUGCUGAGCAGCUCAAUAAUACCAGCUCAUCACAAGAGGCUUAUUUGACCAGUGCUGAAUAUGGAGACACAGUAGAUAUGAUAGAUAGUCAGAUCAGAAGACAUGAAGCUUUUGAAAAAGUUCUGGAUGUCCAGAAUGAAAAGUUAAAUGCCAUACAAAACCAUGGACAAGAGAUCGUAAACAAAAAACAUUUUGAAGCUCCUCGUGUUGCCAAGGUGAUUGAAGAAGUCACAUUGCGGAGGGAGAAUAUCAAACAACAAUGUGCUGGUCGCCAUAGAAACCUGGAUGAUGCUAUGUUGUAUGCACAGUUCAACCGAGAUGUUGUAGAGACUGAAGGAUGGAUUGAUGACAAAUUAAAGGUUGCUUAUGAAGAUAACUUCACAGAUGUCACAGAUUUAGAAUCGAAGAUGAGAAAACUACAGAAACAUCAAGCUUUCGAGGCUGAAUGUGUGGCUAACACUGACAAAAUAGAACAAAUCAAACAGCAAGGUGAUGUGUUGAAUGCAAAGAAAUAUAAGCCAGAUGAAGUUCGUCAAUCACUACAGAGAUUGAUGUCAAAGUGGAACGAAUUAUUAAAGGCAUCUAAUGAUAGAGGCAAAGGUCUUGUGGAAGCUAAGGAUAUCUUGGAGUUCAAUGAACAAGUUGACAAAGUGGAAAUGUGGAUCAGGGAAAAAGACUCAUUAGUGAAUGCAGGAGAUUUGGGACGUGACUAUGAACAUUGUUGUGAACUUCAGAAGAAAGCCAAUGAUCAGGAAUCUGCUGGAAUAACAGUGGACAACGGUAGAAUAAAAUUCAUCAGUGAUUUAGCAGAUAAACUGAUUUCUCAAGGAAGAACUGACACAGGAAUAGUGAAAGAAAGACGUGAUGCCAUGAAUAAAAAAUGGAAAGCAAUACAAGGUGAACUUGAGCAGUAUAAAAAAGACCUGUCUGGUGCUUUAGAAAUCCAUGCAUUUAAUAGAGAUGUAGAUGAUAUAAAUGAUCGUAUGAAUGAGAAGGCUGUCCUACUCUCUAACGAAGAUUUAGGAAAAGAUCUUCCUAGUGUGGAAGCACUACAACGUAAACAGGAAGAGACGGAAAGAGAUAUGUCUGCUUUACAAAACCAGUUAGAGAAAUUAGAAUCAUCAGCAGGCAGAUUGUGCAAGAAAUACCCAGAGAAAGCUGAGUCUAUUAAAACUAAACAGAAAGAGGCUGAUGAAAACUGGGAAAAACUGGAAGAUUUGUCUGACAAAAGAAAAGCUAUGUUAUCCAAGUCUUAUGAACUCCAGAAAUUCUUACAUGAUAGCAAGGAGCUGGUCUCCUGGUCAAAUAACAUGGUCAGUGCAAUGAAUUCUGGGGAGUUGGCUAAGGAUGUACCUGAGGCUGAAAUCUUCUUACAGCUUCAUCAUGAAAGAAAGGCUGAAAUAGAUGGUAGGAAACCAGUUUUUGCUGCAGUAAGAGAACAUGGAAAUAGAUUGGUCAGUGAGAAACAUUAUGCUGCCACUGAUAUACAGAAAGCUAUAGGACAGUUAGAUAAAGCCAAACUAUCACUGAAUGGAGCUUGGGAUAAACGAAAUAACCUACUCACACAGUGCCAUGAUCUUCAGAUGUUUAAAGAGACCUCAGAACAGACAGAGACAUGGAUAGCUUCUAAAGAAGCCUUCUUAGCCAAUGAAGAUCUUGGAAACACAUUGUACAGUGUAGAAGCUCUCAUCAAGAAACAUGAUGGCUUUGAGAAGAUGACCAUGGCUCAAGUCGACAAAGUGGACGAUAUGAAGCAGUUUGCUGAUAAUUUAGUAGAGCAACAACAUUAUGCUGUCAAUGAGAUUACAGAUCGUUGUCGGGCAGUUUUGGAUAGAUACAAACGUCUGCUGGACAGCAUGGCUGCUAGAAAGAAAAAGUUGGAAGACUCCAAGAAUUAUCAAUUAUUCCUUAGACAUUUAUAUGAAGUAUCCAACUGGAUCAAUGAGAAGCUACAGAUAGCAUUAGAUGAGUCAUACCGAGACCCUACCAACCUUCAGGCCAAGAUACAGAAACAUGUAGCAUUUGAUGCUGAGGUGUCUGCCAACAGAAACAGGGUGGAUUCUGUUAAAGAUGAGGGUCAAGGACUGACAGAGGAGAAACAUUAUGCCUCAGAUGAUAUCAAGAAACGCUUACAGGAGUUAGAACUUAGUUGGCAGGCCUUGAUAGCAGCAAGUGCUGAGAAAAAAGAUAGAUUACAAGAUGCUUAUAGAGCUUUGAUGUUCAACAGAGUGAUUGAUGAUCUGAUGGUAUGGAUGGACGAGGUUGAAAACCAGCUAUCUUCAGAAGAUCAUGGGAAAGAUUUAACAUCGGUUAAUUAUCUUCUAAAGAAACACCAGAUGUUAGAACAAGAUAUCACAAAUCACAAAGAGAAAGUAAUGGACAUCAAAGACGCUGCACAGGUCUUCAAGGACACUAAACAUUUCAUGAAUAAAGAAUUACAGGCUAGAGCUAAGGAAACUUCAGAUAGGUAUUCUUCACUGAUAGAACCAUCUAGAAUUAGGAGAGAUAAUUUAGAGGAUGCUCAGUUAAUGUACCAAUACUACAGAGAUAUAGAGGAUGAGCUAUUAUGGAUAGAAGAGAAGAAACCAGUCGCAGCCUCUACAGAACUUGGAAGUUCACUAGUCACUGUACAAAAUCUGAUGAAAAAACACCAGACAAUGGAAUCUGAAAUAGUUGCCCAUGAACCUUUGAUAGACUAUGUUGCCACCUCUGCAGAGAGAAUGGUCAAAGCAAAACAUUUCGCUUCAGAGGACAUUGAACAGAGACUACAAGAACUCCAUACACAACUACAAGAACUUAAAAAAUUAGCUUCUGUCAGAAAGAAGAAACUUCAAGAAUCUGUUGAAGCUCAAAAGUUUUACACAGAAGUAUCAGAGGCUGAUAUGUGGAUGGAAGAGAAAAUGCCAGUAUUAAAUAGUCUUGAUUAUGGUAAAGAUGAAGAAGCCGUGCAGGUUUAUAUAAAGAAGUUAGACACUUUAGAGAGAGAUAUAGAAAACUACAACAACAAUAUAUCAGAACUAGGUUCUUUGCAGAGGUCACUUGUAGAAAAAGGUCACUAUGACAGUGAAAAUAUCAAGAAACAGCAUGAAUCAGUAGUGACAAAGUACAGUCAAAUUCAGGAAUUAACCAUUCAGAGACGAUCAAUGUUAACUGAUACAAAGAAACUAUAUGAAUAUUAUCGUGAAGUAGGUGAAGUAACGACAUGGAUUUCUGAACGUAUUGUGACAGCUAGUUCUGAAGAUUACGGACAAGAUCUGGAACACGUUGAAAUUUUACAGCAGAAAUUUGAAGAUUUCAUGCAUGAUGUUAACAGUAAUGAAUUUAGAGUAGUAAAUGUAACGACAAUGGCCACACAGAUGAUUGAAGUGAAACAUUAUGAAUCAGAUGGCAUCAGUAAAAAGUCUGAGGAAGUUAAACAAAUGUGGACAGAACUUCAUGAUAUAGCAAAAGCAAGACAAGAGGCCCUUGAAGCUGCCAAACAGGUACAUAUGUAUGGUAGAGAUGCAGAUGACACGCUAGAUUGGAUACAAGAAAAGGAAGGAAUUGUGGCUAGUGAAGAUUUUGGUCACGAUUUAGAAAGUGUCAGAGCAUUGAUUAGUAGACAUGAAGGGUUAGAGAGAGAUUUAGCUGCCAUUAGUGUUCAGGUUGAAGACAUCACCAAGGAAGCUGAACGAUUAAUGUCUUCCUUCCCUGAUGCUCAGGAACAUAUAGCUACCAAACAUGAGGAAAUGGUGAAAGCUUGGAAUAACUUAGUAGAACAAGCAACACAAAGGAAGGAAAAACUUCAACAAGCUGAUCAGCUACAAAUCUAUUUCAAUGAUUAUAGAGAAUUAACGGCAUGGAUAAAUGAAAUGAUAGCUAUGAUCAAUGCAGAAGAAGUUCCAAAAGAUUUACCAGGAGCUGAAGCUCUGGUAACCAGAAGUAAAGAGCACAAGGCAGAAAUAGACAGUAGGAAGGAUCCAGUUGACAAAUUCUUACAUAUGGGUCAAAUGAUGAUCCAGAAUGGACAUUUCUUGUCAGAAGAGAUCCAAGAAAAAGUAAAUGACUUAAAUGAUGCCUGGAAUACUCUACAUUCAACAUAUGAAACCUACAGAGUAUUGUGUGAACAUAUCCUGGAGGCACAGCAACUGAAACAUGAGAUGGAAUCUCUGGAAGCCUGGAUAAACAUCAGAGAGCCAGGUAUGAAGGAGAAACAAUUUGGAGAGAGUAUCCCAGGGGUAGAGGAACUACUGAGAAGGCAGGAUGAUUUUGAGAAAACUGUUGAUGCUCAAGAUGAUAAAUUUAAAUCUAUUAUUCGUAGAACUGAGCUUGAACAGUCACUUUUAGACCAGAAAGAACAACUAAAACAGAAAGAAAAGGCUAUGAAAGAAAUGGAAAGAUUAGAAGAAAUUAGAAAACGAGAACAACAGAGAAUUCUUGAGGAGAGAAACAGAGAGGAAGAACAGAGAAAAGCAAGGGAAGUUCUGUUACGGAAACAAAAAGGAACAACUGAUUCUUCUGAAAGUGAUGACGAUAAAGAUGACAAGUUAGAUGUUAGUACUGUGAAAAAUUUGAUUGGACGAUCUCAUAGUAUCAAAUCAAGUAAAAAGGAUGAUAAGAGAAUUGAAAUCAGACGUGCAAUUAGUUUUAAAAAUCCUGCAGGGGAUGGAACAACUUCUCCCCCACCCCUAGUUCUUCAGAAAGCGUUAGGUUUCAAAGAAGGUGAAGGAGUUAUUGUUCCUGAUGAGGAAGAUCAGGAAUUUUCAGCACCUCAUCUUCCAGAGGCUCCACCUCCUGAAAGUUGGACACACGUAGAAGUUGAAUCUGCCGGUACAAACUUAACUAAAAAGGAGAAAUUAUCUCCCCCUGUUAGUCCUAAAUCUAAUAAACAUGUUGAAUCUCUUAAAGACGAAUCUAAAGAAAAGAAAAAACGGACACCUAGUUUUAAUAUUAGAAGGAGAACUAGAAGUUUCAAGGAUAAAUUUAAAUUACCGGAGAAUUUACCUCAAGCCCAAUAUGAGGGUAUGUUAGACAGAAAGCAAGAACAUCAAAGUGGUGGUAAACGUGCUGCAAUACGAUCAUGGAAGAAUCUUUAUACAGCAGUGUUCGGUCAAGUCAUGGCCUUCUUCAAAGACCGGGAAGCUUACUUGGAGAAAACACCAGUAGCACCAUGUGUAUUCUUACAUGAAGCAUUUUGUGAAGCUGCCAUGGAUUAUACGAAAAAGAAAAAUGUCUUCCGUCUUCGUCUUAAAGAUGGAUCAGAAUUUUUGUUCGAAGCCAGCAACCAUGAAGAGAUGAAUUCAUGGAUUGCCUUAAUCUGCCACCAAGCAGCUGGUACCCCAGUACAUGCAGACUUUUUUAGAGUAACAGAUGAGGAUAGCGGAGCUCAAGUCCCAGAUGAGCACCAUGUACCAGGUGAUCGGUCAGCAAGUCCAGAAGGGCGAGCACGUAGUAUUUCACCUUUAUCUUCCCACAGAGAAUCGACAGAAAUCAAGGAGGAAGAUAUGGACAGACUAAAUCAAAUGUCCCAAGUAGGAUCAGAGUCACCACAAUUUUCAAAAGAAAGCCCUCGACCUUCACCAAGGAAUUCUAAAGAAAGUCCCCGCCCCUCACCACGUCCAAGGAAUGUUAGUGGACAUAGUCAAGGAUCAGAGGGUGACGACCAUGUGACAGCUCUUCCAGAAUUAGACAGAGUUAACGGAGAUGAUCAUCCACAAGAAGAAGAUUCUGUAAAAUUUCGACAGAAGUCUUCACCUCGGGCAGAACGACCAUUUUCUGAACCAAACAUUCAUCCUACAGAUGAUCAUGAUCAUUUGAACGAGAAGGAAAAGAAACAUAGAAGCAUGUUUGGCUUUCUGAAAAAGAAGAAAGACAAAGAUCACACGGAAGAACACAAGGAACACAAAGAACAUAAAAAGGACAAAAAACAUAAAGACAGAAGACCUGAUGCAACAUUAUAGAAAAACAUUAUAGCAACAAUUGUCUUCCAUAAAUUCAUUUAGAAAAAAUGUAGUGGCUUCAGAUGCAUUAUGGGUAUUUGAAUGGCUUGAAAUUCACAAAGGCUAUUAAAUGGCUAACAAUACUUGUUAGAUGUUAAAAUGGCUUAGAAUUCACAGUGGCUGUUUAAAUGGUUAAGAAAACCCUUUGGUUAUUUUUGUAAAUGACUUAAAAUACAGAUUGACCAUUACGGUUACAUUACUCUUCAAAAUAUUUAUAGUAUGUGGUUGUUUUCAUCAUUCACAGGGUUGAACUUUUUAUGGUUAAAAAUAACUUCCAGGAUUUAUAAAAAAGCCUCUCAUUUAUAGAUAUACUUAAAUAAAAAAAUGUGUUUAUUUCAUUUUUGAAGGGUAAAAGUUCGGGCUUUUAGACAAGUGUUUCAUUCCAUACAUUUUUCGUAAACUUUCAUAUAAAAAGAUUUCUUACAUCUGGUCAGUAAAAUAUCAUUUAUUUCAUUCAUUCAUGUAUGAACAUAAUUUUGUUUAAAUGAGAACCAUUUUUAUAUAGGUUAAAACUUAGAAUAUUUUUUGUGUCACAAAAAGUCACAAAAAAUAUUAUUGUUAAUAAUUUUCAAAUUCUACAAACAUGAUAUGAUCUCAAUUACAAUUCAGGGCAAAACAGUUACAAGUUGUUCUUCAAAUUUCUAAAAUUUGUUAAAAAUUCUGUUAGUUGUUUAUGUAUGAAACAGUUAUAUUGUUAAAUAUAUGAUUCAAGUUUGAGUCUGUAAAUAAAGAAGUUUCUUUCCAAUAUGCACAAAAAUGUUGACAACAACAAAUGUGAUAGCUGUUGUACUAUAUUAAGACACAAUUUAUAAUUGUUAUUAUUGUUUGUUUUGUCUCACUGUCAGAAUUCCAUGACUGUAUGCAUAGUUGUGAACUGGCCAAUCAUAUUGCACCAUUUAUUGAGAAGGUGAUGUCAUGAAUAUUCAGUAAUCUUUCAACAAGAAAGAAAUAUUCAUUUCUGUUGAGGAUAUGGUCUGAGAAAUCUUCAUAGCUAUGUCUCCAUUAAAAUUUAAAAUAACCAGAUUUGUAAUUUGAGUAUAGGAUGAUAUCAUAAUGUUCUGGAAUAUUUCUUAUUAAUAUGGAUCAAUUCCAAAUUUGUGCCCAAUAAAUGCAUAUCAAUGCAUGUAUACAAGGUUUCAUUUAACGCUAGUUAGUUCAUGUAAAUGUAUGUAUGAAUUAUGAUAGUAUAUAUAUAGAAGUGCUCUGAAAUAUGCAUAUAUAUGUGUGUGUAAACGUAUGUGUAACUUAUGGACCAAGUGCUAUAGCUAGCAAAGUAAUAAAAUUGUUGUUUUAUGCAAUAUUAACUGUUACUGUAUAUUUUUUAUAUUUCUAUUUUGUUUAGAUAGUUAAUGUUUAUAUAUAGAUUUUUUUUAUAAACUUUAUAAAUAUAUAUGCAAACUAUGGGACCAGUUCAGUUUCGAUUGUAUUUUGUACAAGGGACCAGCUUUGUUUAUUUUUAGUGUGAAAAGAUCUGAUGUUCAAAUAAAUACUCCUUUCUUGAAAGCUAUUUGUGUAAAAAUUCCAACAGAAUCUUGAUUGAAAAAAAAUUAUUAUCAAAGAAUCUUAAAAAUAAAAGCAGAUCUUAAAUGCUUCUACAGUGGGACCAAACAAGGAUAAUUUCUGAGGUUUAGAGUGGCAUUUAUAUCAAUUUUAAUUUAACCUUUAGAUUUUCUUUAGUUUUGGAUUUAUUACUAUUGAAAUCUUCUAUAUUUAUUCUAAAGUGACGAAUCCUUCAAAUUGUUUUGAAAUUCCACAAUAUUGCAAUACUCAUGUAUUUAUAAACGUAUAGGUAUUUUGACAUUAUAUAGGAAUUCCAACUAUUGUUAGGUGGUAGCACAAAGUGGGUAUUCUUUCAAUUUAUUGUCUUGUUGACUUAGUCAUCUGAAAUCUGCUGUCAUAGUCGCAGAAAACCAGGUGGCAUCUUUACCUAUUUUUGCACCCGCUUGGCAAAAGUAAUUUCUUUAUAUUAUACACAGAGAAAGGUUGUGAUUAGGCUAUUUAUAGAUGUGUACAAAAUAUAUGCUUAUUUAACAGAUGCCAAAUACAUUGUACAAGGUUUAACAUAUCAUCAGUAUUUGUUCAUAUAUAUAUAUAUGCUGGUAAAUAUAAUUUUUUCAUGAGGAAAAAAAUAAAAUAAAUAAAUUGAUAUAAAAAUA